GCCCCAGAAACGGAAGGGUAUGCUUAUGUAUGUACUUUAAAAACAGAUGGCACUCUCAGGUUUUGGUAUCCUAGCAACUUGUAAACACAGUGGUGGUAAUUUUGAAAAGGAUUGAUAUUAGAUGAGUGUUAAUAAGAAAUUCUGUUGUGAUAAUACCAUCGACAUGAAAAAUACGUACAACAUUAGCAAGUUAAGAAGAGAAAGGUCAAAAUAAUAAUAUGACAGGCCUAGAAACUAUUGGUAAUUUCCAAAGAUACCAAUAAAAGUCCCAGAUGGCCAAAUAACCUUACAUAGUCACCAGAAAAAAAUGAAGGUGUACUGCAAGUAGAUGAAGAAAUGAAAUCAGUCAAGGAAUGUAGACAAACAACUGAGCAAGGAAAUUCAUCCAAGGAACUGGUUGCUUCUAAGGAAGCUUUGUGGAAUGGAGAAGUGAAGAAGGAAGUGACAUUGGAUGAUAAAGGGGAAAAAAGAGGUUAAAAAGCAAAUGAAGGUGAAUUAUGUGCAGAAGACAGAAACAGUUAAUGAGGUGGAAGAAACGUAACACAUAGAAGGUGAGGAACCUGAAAAUGAGAAACUGAAAGGAGGGCCAUAACCUGAAGAAAGAGAGGGAAUCCUGGAAUUGGAAUAUAAACAAGAGGAUGAGAAGAGCGAGAUACAGCAAGAAGAAGAAAAUCAACGUAAGAAAGAUAAGCCAGAAGUAAGUGAGACACGGAAAGGAAAGAAAAUUUGUGAGAGAGAAGGCCAGGACAAAAGAAAAAAAAACAACAGGAGAAGUGCCAGAAGGUGAGUCAAUGGAAGGGAAGAAAUCAGAAAGUCGAAAAAGUAAGGGAGAAGGAGAAGAACUAGAAGAUGAAGCAAAGUCAGCAGCCCAAGAGAGGAUGACAACUGUGUGGGAGAAACAAGAAAAUAAAGAGGAGAAACCAAUGGAAAGAAAAGAAACAAAAAUAGAGAACAAAAAUUUAGCAGAGGGGGAGAAACAAAAAGAAAUAGAAGACAUAAUGGAAGUCAAAGGAGAAGGAGAGCAGGAAAAAGACAAAAGAACCGGAUAUUUCAUAAUGAAAAAGGAGUCUGUCUUUGAUGAUAUUAGUCUUACUCCUGAAAUUAAAUUACAGUAUAGUUCAGAUGAAGAUGAGGAAGAAGAGGAAGAUAAAAUUGAAGAAGAAAAGGAAGAAGAGAAAAUUGAUAGAGAAGCAGCAAUUGAAAAGUAUAAGUCUCUUCAAACUGAAGGACGCCCAAUUGUUAAGAAAAAUAUUAUGCUAUUGAAGAAGCUAGCAGAGCACUUCAAGAAACACAAGAUGGAGCAUGUCUAUAAAAUCCCUGAGCCGUACUCUGCGGAUCAAGAAGUCCGAUAUCGCAAACAAUUGCUUGCCUUUGAAGAAAUCAGAACAACUGAGAAGAAAGAAAGGGAAGUCAUUACAAAAGAACUGAAAGGGAUGAAAAAUCAAAAAGAUGAACUCGUUGCAGAAUUGAAAGUGGAAUUUAAUAGCUUUAUACAAGGAGAAAGAGAGAUUGGCACAAGAUUAAUUAACACUAAGACAGGUAAAGUGAUACAUGACAGACUUGUGGAAAAAUUACUAUCGAAACAAAACAGAAAACUGAAGGCAGUAAAUGAAGUGCGCCUUGCUUUUAUUAAACUCCGUGAUCGUGUAAGUGCUAAAGAGGCCGAAUUACAGUUAUUAGAAACGUGUGAUCAAAACUUAGACUUCAUUAAGUAUGAACAGCUUCGAAAGGAAAGCCAAAGUUAUGCUGAUAAGAUUGAAAAGAGAGAUGAAGAGUUACAGCAGCUGCAGAACAAAGCAACUUCAGCAAUGAAGUUAAUAGCUCACAUGAAGGGGAAAUCAUUUGCUAUAGAUAAGAAAAUGAAUGAGCUAUGUAAUGUGCUUGAACACACUGAAACUCGGCUAGUCAAUGCCCAUGGACAUGUCACAGAUUUGAAGAAACGCCGCGACUUUCUUCAAAGUGAGACUUUACGUUUACGUCGUGAGGCAGGACUCUUAACGCACCCUCAUUUAUUACAGGACUUUGCAGUCAUCGUUGAGGAAGCAACUCGUUUGUCUGCACAGGUUCAAAACCUGAAAAAUUCCUUCUAUGAUAAAGAACAAAGUCUGUCAAAAUUAAGGAAAUCUAUUGAUGCCCAUAUUUCAGCUGGUUCAGUGGGAAAUACUUCUUCGGGAACAAGACCCCAACUAAAAGAAUCUCUUUCCACAAACUUCACAGGACGUAAUCUUCGUGAAAGUAAUACUUUUCUUUCAAAAAUUCCAAGCCUCCAUUCAGUAAGUUCUGACCACAUAAAUCAGUUAUCAAAUGAAGAAGUCAAGCCUUGUAUAAGAGGAAAAUAUUCAAGACCUCAAUCAAAACAUUCAUUCAGAUCUUCACCAGUGACACCAGUUAGCAAAGAAAGACAAACGUUUUCCCCAUUUUCUCAUGAGAUUUCCUUGCCCAAAGAAGAUAAACCAAACCUACGUGUUUUAAAAUUCCAAAAAUUUUAAACUUAUGUAGUAAAGGAAAUUUUCUGCAGAAAAUGCCAUAGUCUUGAUAUUAUGGUAGUGUGCAUAUAAAAUUGUACUUAUUUCAAAGAAUCUAAUCUAAACUUUUAAAAAAUUGUAAUGUGUUUUAAAUUUUAUCUUACACAAAAAAUGCUGAAUUGUCAUGGUAUGUACUUAUAACACUGUACACAUUGGGAUAAUCUUUAAGAUUAUACACUAUAGAUUAUGAAAUAAUUAAUAAUACAUAGAUUACUUCAUUCUAUAUAUAUUUUUUUCAGGCAAGUAAAAAAUAUCAAGAUGAUUGAAUGGCAGAGGAUGAGAUGGGAAGACAUGUAGCAUGCAUUGGGUCUGUGCUGGUUACAUUCAUAUAUUCUAUUAUUUGUCUAAUCUAUGAAGUACCUGUUCACCUAAAUAUAGUAAAAAGAAGACAUUUUUCAGUUUUUACAUUUUAAUACAUUUUAUUUUUAGUUUAUUUAUACAAUAAUUGAUAUUGGUAUAUUUAUACAAAUUAAAUACACAUCAAAACUUUAUGUACACAUGGAACAUGUUUAAAUGAUCAUGAUUUUAUGAAAAUGUACAGUGAAUAUGAUGAUGGAGUAUUAUUUAUGCUGUUGUUGUUACAAGAGAACAUUGUCAUUUUGGAAUUUUCCACUGCUUGCCAAGUACAA